AUGGCAUCGAUGACACCCGCACCCUCGACGACGCCCCACCCGGCGAUCCUGUAUGUCCUGCCGAAGGAGCAGGUCGCCCGGGCGCUCGGCGACUUGGUGCUCAAGGCCCAGGAGGAGGCGCUCUCCAAACGCUCCCAGUUCACGCUUGCCGUCUCCGGCGGCUCGUUGGCCAAGACGCUCGUCGACGGGCUCACUGGUCGGGCCGAGGUCAAGUGGGGCAAAUGGUCACGGGUCGUCCCCCUCGACCACGAAGACUCCAUCGUCCAUGAGGGCCUGUUCAGCCAGGUGCCCUUCCCCACCGAAAACAUCCAUCCCAUCUCCACCGAGCCCCUCGACGACCCCGAGGAAGUCGCUCACGACUACGAGAAACAGCAAGAAUGCGGUGGCGUUUCCCCGCUUCGAUCUGAUUCUGUUAGGCGCGGGGCCAGACGGCGGCCACACAUGUUUGCUGUUCCCGGGCACGAGUUGUUGAAGGAAGACUCGGCCUGGGUGUCCUGGCUGACCGACUCGCCCAAGCCGCCCGCGACCCGGAUCACGCUCACCUACCCCGUCCUCAACCAUGCCCACAAGGUGGCCUUCGUCGUCGGCGCCGCCAAGAAGGACGUCAUCCAGAACGUCCUCGACUCGCCCCAGCUCGGCCUGCCCUCCUCCCUCGUCAAACCUACCCCCCCCGGCCAGGUCUUUUGGUUCGUCGACGAGGCUGCUGCCUCGCAGACCCAAUACGUCAAGACCGACCUUAAGCUCUAA